AUGGCAAACGAUUUAUUUUCUGGGAAGCAAGUGCUCAAUCAACAGGUCCGCUAUGUUGGUACUCUACUGCAGCCAGAGCAGGCCGAUAAAAUAUUUGAAGACUUGGUUCAUUUGACAUGCAUUCGAACUAGUAACAAAUCAGACAGUGUUCGUUUGGUGCUUCCCAUCGUGUUUGAACGGAUAACCAUCACGCUUGAGCGGAAUGAAAAAGCUGUACUGAAUUUCUACCAGAGUAGUGCGGGGAACACCAGACCAUCAUUAUUUGAAGGAAGCAGACUAUGUCGGAUAAACUCCAGGCUCCUAAGUGCCAGUGUUCAUCCACCAGAACGAGAUAGCCACAUAUAUUAUACUGUUCUUUCCGCGCCUCAACACGGACAUUUAUUUCUCAAGCAGUUAGACAAAAAUAUUGAAAGCCAAUCCAGCAGACGUACGUACCUGGGAGUUAACUCCCAAUUUACUCAGCAAGAUAUAAACAGUGGCCGCCUAUUCUAUAUAUUUCGCCGUGUCCCGGAUGACAACUCAAUACGUGAAAAACUUGAAAAUUUUAAAGACGGAUUUGAAUUUCGUCUACAUGUUCCCGGAGCACAGAGGAAAGAACCAAGUUAUUUCGCUGUUGUCGUGAAUACUAUAUCAACGACAAACUUCACUGGUAUUUGGCGAAUGGGAGAGGUUAAACUGGUAAACAAGGACGGUGAAGUGUCUGAAGGUGGCAUCCUUGUGAUCACCUCAAAACAUCUGUCUCUGGAACCAAAAACCUGCCCCGAAUACACAGAUGCGUUGCAGUUCCGGGUUAAGACGUUCCCCAAACACGGCACAUUAAAACAAAUAGGGAGAGAUAAACAAUCAUCGUAUCAAAUUGAGCGCUUUGUUUUCUACCUUUAUGAUGUGGUUGAAGAAAAUCGACUGAUAUACGUGCAUGAUGGAAGUGAAUUUUUCCGAGACGAAUUUCAAUUUCAGCUUGUCUGUGCUGAAUCCCCCAUGGACGAACAGUUUCAAGAUGGUCGCACAAAUUUAGCCAAGUUUAUGGGAGAAGUUGUGAGUCAACCGAUAGAUGGGACGUUUCGUCUGGUGAUAAACGCAAUCAACGACAACCCACCCACCAUCUUCGCCAAAAAUGUGAUUUUUCGGUUUAAUUCAACAACAGUUAUGCCAAAAGGGUGGCUGAAGGUUAAUGAUUACGAUCUUCAACUAUCAUCCAAAGUUCCGACCCACUAUUCCAUCAAGUGGGCUAUUCUACACAAUUACCACCGACUCAAUAUUAGAUAUCCAAAGUGUGGAUACUUUUUAAAUGUCAAAUCCGGCCAGAAACUUACCAAUUUUACCAUGUAUGAAGUUCAGCAAAGUGAAGUAGCCUUUAGAAACCAGGGUGCCCCACUCUGCUCCAUCGUGCUCACUGUGAAUGAUGGCCUAUUUUCAUCUAAUGUGCCUGUACUACUCAACGCGUCACGGCCAAUUUUUCAGGCCUUCGGCUCUUCAAUCGAGGUAACAAGACGUAAGGACUCGCGGUAUCCACUCUUCUUUGAAGUUUCAACCAACAUUGAGAUGGCACCAAAUGCAAUCCAUGUAUAUCUACACACGGGUUCAUGCUACGGAAGCCUCACGACGGAAAACUCAACGACACCUUUGGACUCGUUCACAUACGCAGAUAUUCUUGAUUACAAUAUUUACUUCCGUGUGACCUGGCGAUACGUAUUGGAGAAUCAAACCUUUAAAGAUCCGUGCAUCUUUCACCCCCAAAGAGGCUCCGAAAUGAAUAUUGAGAAUCAACAAGAUUUUAUUAUUUUGUUGGUAACAAUGUCUUUUGGGAACGAGCGCUGGCAGGAAAAGGUUCGAAUAUCUGUUGUUCCACAUACGUCAGCUGGGGCCCGUUUGUUGUCGUCAGGUGGCGGAACACAGAGAGUUGUGGAGUUCAAUACAAACUUGAACAUGGAGCUCGGUGAACAGACAACCCUUUCAUUCAAGGAGUCAGGCAACCAAGAUAUUCAUUUUGGCUGCAAUGAAGGGAUGUUUCGGCUGAGAAAAACUAACCGAAAAUCCUUCCGGCGUGCCUCACAGGUUCGUGAGAUAACAAUGGAACAGGAGGGGCAUCAUUCGCUGAGUGACGCAAGUUUAGCACCCCUAGGUUCUGAGGACGUACCAAUUCGUCAUGACCAACCAAUAUUCCCGGCUAAUUCGGAUAUGUUGACAAACGAACAGUCUCUGACGCCGUAUGUGUGGUCAAGAGAACAAUACAGUGCUGAGGAGUAUCAAGAACGUACCAAUCACGGAACACCACGUCUUGUUUAUCUGAUCGUGACUUAUCCGCGAAAUGGUGUUGUCAUUUCCAAAAGGCUAAACCAGACCGUACAAGUACUUUCGAGCGCUGAUCUAAUGGACAACGACAUUUUCUAUGUGCAUCACGAAUGGAGUGACAGUUUGGAAGAUAUCAUUGAGGAUGAAAUUAAUCGGAAUCUAAUUGCCUACACUUUGCGAACAACAAUCCCAAUCAACUUCAGCCAGAACGUAGAAGAUCGAGUGGUACUCCGAGUUACGCUUUCCACCCCUAAUAGUCCGCCACAAAUCGCCAAGAAGCCCUUAUCUGGUUCACAGGAAACCCGUCUCAUUAGUUUCAUCAUUAAUGCCUCCUUGUUACACAUAACACCGCAAAACCAAAUCCGAUUAGUUGAUAUCACGCCCUUGGUCCUGGAAGAAGGACAAGCCAAGGAAAUCAAGCCUGCCACACUUGAUCUCUCACCGAUAAAGCUCCUUCGACAACAAGCCAAUGCGAGGGGAUUACAAUCGAAUUCGAGGAUUGUGGAUAGUCGAGAUCUGUUCUCGAAUAGUUUGCUGAAUGGAUCAUCAGCUGCACUCCUAUACAAGCAUGAUGGCUCCGACACCACAAGUGAUUUUGUCCUAUUUCAAUCAACUCAGCCAAGAUCUUCAGACCGCAAUCUCAACCGCCGAAUUCCAAAUGCUCAACACCAAAGCCACAGAAGUGAAGCUUACACAGGGCUGGCGAUGCAAGAAGAGGCAGAUCCGAAUUCGUACGACUUUGCAAGCAAGGUCGCAGGGAUUUAUUUGGAGAUGGACGAAGUCCUUGUGAGUUUUGACGUAACCUCAAUGUGCACAAACAUCCCUAGGGCAGAUACUCUGGAGGUACGCUUCGAUCGUAUGUCGUACACAGAAAGCGAUCCGUGCAUCGAAUACCCAAUCUAUAUCUUGCCCGUGAAUAACAAACAUCCACGUAUCAUUCGUCCGCUUUUAACAUCCCUACCACCGUUCACUGAUAUGAUGGUUAGAAGCUAUCGGGAUAUCGCCAUUCCGGUCCUAGCUGGUGCGCGAUUCCAACUUUCAAAGUCCAACAUUGAGAUCGUUGACGAAGAUACCAAAUCGCAAGAACUAAUUUUGCAUGCCAUUAUGCAGCCACAUAGGGGGUUUCUUUGUAUCAGGCAUGCGUCUGAUUCAAUAGAAAUGUUUUCUGAUCCAACGAAAACUGACAGCUCAAUAGAAAAUUGCAGGCGCUGUGAAAAUCCAUGUACAUUUCGUCAAUCGCAAGUUGAAUCAGGUCUUGUUUACUAUCAAGCCGACGAUAAGCGUCUCAGUCACAUUCUGCUAGAUUCGUUUUCAUUCAUGGUACAGGAAGCAAAACCUAACGUGAAAAAAUCGGAUCCCCCAAUCGGAACUCUUCUGUUUCGAGUGGUCCCAGCGGAACUUGUAGUCAACAUAACUGAUGUACUUUUGUUACAAGGUCAGUCACGCGUCAGCAUCACAAAUCAACAUAUUGAGGCUAGUUUGGUUGCUGCCGGUGGGAUCACACACAUAUCAAACAAAAAUGCGUCCAAUACAUUCCUAUACUCUAUCCAUCAUGCACCACUUUAUGGCCGAAUCUGUUUUGAUACAGUUCCCGUAACUCGUUUCACUGAUCAGCAGCUGGCCAGUGGGCAUUUGGUUUAUGAGCAAAUUAAUCAAUCCGGGACAAGUGAUUCUGUGACACUUAUCGUAUCCCUUGGUAAUUUUAUCGAAUCUGACAAGGAUACACUUCUUUUGUUUGCAAAAGAACUUCCAGACGUAAGCCUGCAGAAUCCAAACGAUGCAAUCGCAAAUGCAGAUUUGAAGGUGUAUGCAGUCGCAGAAUUACGUGUUCGAGUUAAGCCACUGAUUGAUACGAAUGUUGUCCAGCUAACUCCAGGUCAGACUACAUUAAUCAAUUCGUCGAUUAUCCAAGCCGGGGAGCUAUGGGAAUUUAUCAGCCAACAGAAUAAAAUAGAAACAGGCUCUCACACGACCUACAUACCAACACUUACCCUGCCGACGGCUCCGUAUUCAAAGUUAGGUAGAUUUAGAAUCCGCGAUCAACUGUUUGUAAAUUCCGGCCAUCCGGAGGAAGCGUUGAUGCCAUCGGUCAACAUUACAUUAGAAACGAUUGAAAUGAAUGCUGUUCAGUUUGAAGCCUACGCUAACGAAUUUACUCAACAAGGACUUGAAGAGAUCUUACCAUAUACACUGACAAUUGGACCAGGUGUUCAACCUGCAUCUGGCAGCUUAAGGUUACGGAUUGUGAGGGGAACACAGGUGGAUGCACAAGGUUCUCAAAGUGUGAAAACGUCAUUCGGUAGUCUGGAUGCAGCCAAGACAAACUCCAUCUCCUCUUCAUGGGAAAUAACGAUAUCUACUGCCGUUAUUGGAUCUGCCGUUGGUUUUAGCUUACUGUCACUGGGUCUGUUUGCGGCAUUUGUUUUGUGUAUUUAUCGAAGACGAAAGCAUGAUCGUACGAGUGUCAAGACCCACAGGACACACCAACCUGCGCCUAAAAUCAUUUUCCAACGUUGUCCACCUUUUAACAGGUGGCCUAGCAUAGAACUCACUGACACUGCUCACACGCGCGUCUCACCCGAAACGUUCGACCAAAACAACAACUGUCCUCAAGGAAAUGACGACAUUGCAGAGGAGCUAAAGUCAAGGUUGUCCAUCAUUCAAGAUUCCUCUGAUGCAGUUUCACCAUGUCAUUGUGAUUUUAGUGGUGCUGUGAUUUAUCUGACUCCGGCAACACCAAAUAGUAUGCAGCAAGUUACGAAGUCCAUCCAAAGUUGUCAAGUUUUCGAUCCCAACAACCCAAAUUAUUUUGUGCUUCCCGGAACGUAUGAACAAAGCAGUCAAGACAUCCACCACUCUUCCAUUUCAAAAUUAAAGUCUAUCCCUUCCGUCACACAUACAUCUUCACACAAUACUUCACCUAUAAGUUUGCAAGUAGGCGACUACCAAUGUCCGUGUGAACGCUUAGAAGACGAGUACAACGUUACCUUCAACGCGAAUUCCUCCGCUUGUGAACAAAAGUUGGCACCAGAUAAAGAUAUCCCAUACCUCAUACAAAUACCCGCAGGAGCUGUGACUAUGGCUUCGUACUCGACAUCUUACGUCGUCUUGUUUGAAGGAAAGAUGUCAACCUUUGGAACAACUGUGAAGGAAACCGGAUCCAAGGACACGGAAACGAUUGAAGCUGCGGAGGAAACAGUUGCAAUGCAGUUUGCUUCGCGCCCUGGUUCUUGUAAGUCACUUUGUGCUUCUAGUCGUAAAGGUAGUGUAGCUAUGAAAGCUUUAAGGAUUGCUCAGCUCCAGGAGUACCGGGUUAAGCGGGAGGUCGAACUCCAGCGGGCUCUCUUAGAGGCGCAUAGCAAAACUGAGUUAGCCAAAAUUGAGCUAGAGGCCGAAGAGGACUCACCAGAUGAAGUCUGGGAACCAGUGGCCCUAAAUGAACGAUUAGCGGGGUACGUGAAGCAAUGUCAGACAGGUGAAAGACCAUUAAGAUAUGCUGAUGAUAUCAGAGGGCCAGAACCAGCCAUCUCCGUCACUCCAGCAUCAGCCACUAUGGACCUACCAAAGGUGGAACUAUCAUACUUUGAUGGUAAUCCGUGUCAUUACUGGAGGUUCACCCGCCAAUUUGAGUUAUAUAUUGAGAGCAAGGUGCAGGACGCCGGUCAGAGGCUCCUUUAUCUGAUCCACUACUGUCAAGGCGACGCGAAAGCGGCCAUUGAAGAAUGUGUGAUGCUUCCGCCGGAAGUAGCAUACUCCAGGGCACGGGAGAUUUUACGCAAUCUCUUUGGCCAGCCUCAUAUUAUCGCUCGCUGUCUACUAGAAAGCCUGUUUCGUUUUGCACGACAGACCACUGGAGCAGCCAAGUCCUUGUCGGACUUGUGUAUAAAAAUGCGCAGUUGCGAAAUUGCGCUGACGCAAAUGUGUUACGUCUCAGACUUGCACUCACUAGCGGUUGUAGAGAGAAUUGUGCGUUCUCUUCCUUCGCCAUUGCAGCACAAAUGGGCUGAGGUGGCAGAUAAGAUAUCUGUGAGUGGCCGGGAUCCAACGUUCACAGACUUGACGGAGUUUGUGAACACGCGCUCUCGUGUUGCAAGGAGUCGGUUCGGGCAACUGGCUCGAGAUGGGGACGUAAGACGCCCCCCUGUAACACCGACUUCUACCAACCAAGCCCCUAAACGGGACGGUUAUGCCAAUUUCCUAGCCAACAUCAGACAAGACGCAGACGGUCGUCCAAGUGCUUGCGCAUUAUGUUUACAGCCCCACUCAAUUUCUAGUUGCCAGCAGUUUUUGUCUAUGAAAGUUCCUGACAGGUGGAAAUGCAUACGAGAACAUAAUGCCUGCUUUGCCUGUUUAGGGGACUCCCACAUGGCCAAGGAUUGCAAGCUAGUAGUUCGAUGUGGCCAACCGGGUUGCAGGGGACGACAUCAUAGUUUGUUACAUACAUCACAACCCAGAAACAAAGGUUCGACGUCCUCAGAGCCGGAGGUUUUGUGUGCCUUAACUCAAGGUAGUCGACUUCCGGCACGCUUAGGAGUUAUUCCUAUCAAGCUGGACAGUCCUGCAGGAAAGGUGACAACGUAUGCAUUUUUAGAUGCUGGGUCCGACAUAACGCUGGUAAGGCGGGACCUUUUGGUGAAAAAUGGGGUCAGGCUGCUACCCACGUCUAUGGUUAUUGAUACCCUGGGUGGUUCCAUGGGAUGCACAUCGGAAGCUAAUGAUAUCAGGCUUUUAUCAAUGGAUGAAAGCCAGUCGAUAGAUGUUGACAAGGCAUUCGUCGUUGACAGCUUACCUAUGCGAGCUGUCCCAUCCAUCAAAGAAGCGGCUCGCAAGUGGCCUCACCUUAAGGAAGUUACCUUCGACGAACUGACUGAAGACGAUGUGGGAAUCCUUAUUGGUUGUGACGUAUCCGAAGCGCACUGGGUCUUCGACCAGCGCCUGGGGGGUAAAAAACAGCCGUUUGCUGUGAAAACUUUACUAGGUUGGAUGCUCCUUGGUCCGAUGAAAAACGGAACGAAGCAGAAGGUCGUCAGUCAUUGUAUAACCGGGUGUAGUCAGGGCAUCCAGGAGCAUUUGCAGCGACUGUACAACUCGGAAUUCGCAGACACUUCAGCAUCGAACACUAGUCUCUCUUUAGAGGAUCAAAGAGCACUGUUGAUAGCGGAGACUAGUGCAGUGCGAGUAAGUGGGCAUUAUCAGCUACCGCUCCCAUGGAAAGAUAACGCACUUACCCUACCCGAUAACUUCCAGGUGGCUAGAAAACGUCUAGGUAAUCUGAAAACUAGACUGUGCAAGGAUCGUGUUUUACACGGAAAGUACGAUAAGGUGCUUCGCGCAUACAUGGAGAAAGGAUACAUUGAACGGGUGGCGGAUGCCUCCACAUUGUCAUUAAAUUCAAAGCAGUGGUAUCUCCCACAUCAUCAGGUUAUUAACCCAAAAAAGCCAGAAAAGAUUCGGAUCGUAUCUGACUGCGCUGCCAAAUGUCAUGGUGUGUCCCUAAACGACCACCUGUAUCAGGGCCCCGAUUUAACCACAAAACUUGUAAAUGUUAUGGUGGGCUUUCGUUUAGAGCAAGUUGCUGUGGCAGCCGACAUUAAAGGGAUGUUGCUACAGGUCAAGGUUGACCCCUGUGAUAGAGACGCUCUGAAGAGCCUUGUAGCACAGGCUAACCGACGGGAGGGAAAUGAUGUCAUGUGCCCAUUAAUGUCUUGGUCCUCCUGUUGGAUGAAGCUACCGAAGGUCGUGGCUUGGUUACUGCAUUACGGGCAACGUCUAUUGAUUAAGAAGGGCAGAGCGAGAAAGGAGGCUUUACCUUCUGGUGUUAUCAGAGUAUCCGAACUCCGCCAAGCACGUAAUUGUUUGAUAAAGAUGGUGCAAUCUGCUCACUUUGCACGAGAGCUGCAUCAGAUUAACGCUCCUGUACUGGAUGCAAAGCGUUCCCGCAAUCGGACUCAAAACGGCAGCUUACAAAAAUUGUCACCUGUUUUGGUUGAUGGCAUUUUGUGCGUGGGGGGCAGACUUAGUUACUCGAACUACAGUCAGUCAGUAAAGCAUCCAGCUCUUCUUCCAAACCGACAUCCUAUUACCGCCUUAAUCAUACGUCAUUUUCAUGAAGUGGAAGGGCACUGUGGAGUAGCGCAUGUCUUGGCCUCUAUUCGACAGAGAUAUUGGAUUAUCAGAGGGACCGGUGCCGUUAAACGUGUGAUUGGUGCAUGCUCUUUAUGCAGACGCCGGUCCGCACAGCUCAGUAAACAAAUGAUGGCUCCAUUACCACCAGACAGAGUAGAAGGGGGUUGGUGCCCCUUCGAGUGUGUGGGAGUGGACUACUUCGGACCUUUUAAAACCAAACGCGGCCGUUCACAGGAAAAACGCUACGGCUGUAUCUUUAGCUGUCUGAAAACUAGAGCAGUCCAUUUGGAGAUGGCUGGCAACCUGUCGACAGAUUCAUUCCUACAAUGUUUGAUGCGCUUCGUUGGUAGACGUGGUAAGCCCACCGAUAUAUACAGUGAUAAUGGUACGAACUUUGUUGGCGCACUGAGGGAAUUUCGGGAUGAUAUAAAGCUCUGGAGCCUGAGCAAAAUAUCAGACCGACUUUUGACUAUGGAUAUACAGUGGCACUUCAAUCCACCAGCAGCUAGCCAUCGUGGCGGUGUGUGGGAGCGUAUAAUCAGGUCGGUACGACGUAUACUUUUAUGUAUAUGUAGGGAACAGUGUUUGACCGAUGAACAACUGAACACGCUUCUCAUACAGGCCGAACGGAUUCUCAAUAACAGGCCUAUAGUCCCGCUAUCAUCAGACAGCAACGAUUUGGAGCCGCUUACUCCAAACAGUUUGUUGCUGAUGCAGUGCUGUCCUGCGGUACCCGGUCGCGACGGCUUGGCUUCGCGAUACCAUGCCGGUUGGAAACAGGUCAAUUAUCUUGCUGGCGUAUUCUGGCGUCGUUGGAUAAGGGAAUAUCUGCCAACGUUGCAGAUGCGUACCAAGUGGCUCAGAGCAACUCAAGAAUUGAAACGAGGACACUUGGUUCUGGUCUCUGGUGAGGACCUGCCUCGUGAGAAAUGGCCUCUAGGGGUAGUGGAUAGUUGUGAGGCGAGCCCAGAUGGCUUAGUAAGAACCCUGUAUGUUAGAACGACGGGCGGCGUUCUUAAGGGAGAUAUUAGAAGGGUGUGCUUACUGGAGGGACGCGAAUAG